AUAUUAAUUAAAAAAAUAUAGUAGAAGUAUAGUUGUAAUAAUAAAUUACCCUAAGUAAAUGUUAUUAUUAGAAGCAUUAUGAAAAAAAAGUAAGCGUUAGUGACAUAAAAAUACUCAUGCUGACAAGUAUAAUACUAAUUACGACAAUAAUAUGGGAUAUUAAUAUUCCAAACAUCGUAUAAGAAUAACAUUUAUUUAUAACAUUUAUUAUACCAAUCGGUUAAUUAAAACAUACUAAUAAAGUAUUGUAAUCGCGUGUUUUCUAACAGAACACGGCACAUACUCAAAUAUCUCUAACAAUACGAAUUGUAGAAAUCUUUUUUAUAAUCGUGUAUCAAGGUAAUCGUAAAUUGUAUACAAUUUUGUGUAGAAAUUAUUCACAGAAAUCGAUUAUCUAUAUCUAUACACAGUGAGUCACCUAAUAAUUUGAACUGAAAUAUUUCCUAUUACUAUUAAUUGUACCGAAAGAUGUUUCAGAUAAAAGGUAUAUGACUUCAAGGAGGAUGUAUUUUGAUGUUUCUAACUUUUCUGUAGGUGAACACGUAAAGCUCAUGUGGAGAUCAACUUUGCCAUUUUAAACGGAAUCAUAUAUUUUUUUAAUAGAUUUUACAGCAUCGAAAUUAUUUCAGCUCAAACUCCUAGACGACUCACACUGUACAGUAACAAAUUGUUUUUGAAUAACAGACUUUAAAGACCAAGGGAAUGAAGUUUUAAUAUAUACAAGCAGGUUGUCAAAAUAAACGCAAGCGCGUUAUAAAAUUAUUUUUAAACGAUAAGAAGAUAAUGACAGUUCUCCAACGGGGAACCAUAAUGUGAUAUAAUUAUGCAGGAAAUAGCGCGUAAUUACGAGUCUCCAUAGUGUACGAUAACCGAGUUACAUCGUUUAUGAGCAGGAUAAUUAAGAAAGGAUUACUCUGCUCUAUCGUAGUUCGAAUAGAAAAAUAAACGAAAAUAUAAAUAACCAAGAUUAUCUUUCAUUACUUCGAACUCUUUCAUAGUAUUUCAUAGUAUUCAUAGUCCAACAACGUGAAUAUGUUACAGGUAAAUCGAGGAGCAUGAAGAUUAGAAAUAAAAAGAAAAUAUCGAAUGAAAUAUCCUAUAAAUUCGUAAACACGCGCAAUUCACAACUGCUCGUAACUUCUCUCAAUCAAUGAACUUGCACGUCUGAACAAUCGUUUUCCGGUCAAGGACGGAUCGACGAUGGUUGAUUUCCUUCCUGGUUGCAAUUCAUCGAUCUCGAUCAUCUCGUAACGGUGUGUUAUAAUUUGCCAAACAGAUUAGAAGGGUUUUGUCGAGCCUCGUUCCGUCCAAUUAACACCAUCGAUACGCCUAGAAAAUAUUUUGUCCCCUCGAAUCAAAUCCCAUUGCACUGGCCAAAAUCGAACGACGAACGCGCGCGAUUCAUACGCAACAAAGACAAAAGAAAAAGUAGAAAAGAAGUAGAAAAAGUACGUCUGAUAAUGAAGUUUAAUUUCUGUUUUCAGAUUAGCAUGAAUGUCUUUGGGCAGAGAGGGGAAAAAAUUAUAAGUGGUGUUAAGUAGCGACGGCAGGUGAAAAUGGAGUUGGACAAUAAAUUAGCACAAGUCGUUGGUGAGGUACAGUUACGAGUCUAUAUAGAAGACUGGCAAACCGAGUUGCUCGAUCAUUCAUCUUUGAAUAUCGUGAAGAUGAUACGCGCAUUUAUCUCGCUGUUUUUAGCGAGUCUGUCGAUCGUCUCGGUCUUACCCCAAGUGACGUCAUAUGCAAAAGUGUCGAAGAAUGGUCAAGAAGAACCGCAAGCAGGCAACGAUCCGUGGAUCGUCAGAAAUGGAACGGAAGCGGAAGGUAGGAGUAUCAAGAACAUCGCGAUCACUAUGUCACCGGUAUAUAUUUCACCGAAAAUCCAGAAUCUGAGGAACGGCGAAGCGAUCAACUAUUCCCCUGGUAGAAGAUACUCGACGUUGGACCACGAAUUAAUAGCACAAUUGAACGCAAAGAAACAGAUUCAGGAUAGAUACCAUCCAGCACCGCUGCUUAACUACAAAUCCAAGAAAGAACCAUCGAAAGACACGGAGGACAGUUCGAAACCUUCGAGUGGCCCAAAUGGUCCACCGACCGGUCCAUCGUCUUCGGGUAUGUUUGAAUUUUCUAAUCCAACGUUUUCAGAGGGCUACGACUAUAAGCCGCUGGAUUACCCGAGCAGUAAGCCGAUUUCAAAGCCGCCGGAUUACCUCAGUGACAAACCGAUCUCCAAGCCAAUGUCCAUGGACGAUUACGCAGAUUCUGAGAUAAGCGACAAGCCACCAGAUUCCUACAAACCGGAUUCCUACUUCGCGUCCCACGACCAUGACUCCUCCGACUACUCCGACAAUCCGCCCGACACGUCUUACAACAAUGACGCAGCACCGAAACCGAUCAAGUAUUCCGGCCAUUUGGAUCAUCCUCCCUUCAACGACGACGACAACAACGACGACGACUCUUAUGGCCAGCAUCACGACUUCCAUCACGAGGUGAUCUACGAUCACAUUCCUGAAUACCACGAGCACCAGACAAUGGCACCAGAAAUGAACGAUCAAAGACUGAACAAGAGGCCAUAUUCGUAUUACUACGUAGGCAAGAAGCUUUGGUACGUUCCACUGUACUUCAGCAUUUAUUUUAUCAUCUACAUCGCGGCUCUGGUGUUGAAGAGCAUCGCCAGACACAAAAUCACGUUCCCUGAGCAUCUAGCGGAUGCUGUGACGCAUACAAGAUCGUACAGUGAUUUUAGUUGGUGGGAUUUUGCGGGAGAAACGCUGCAGAGUAUCGAGAGCUUCGUCGACAAGUAUGGAAAGAUUUCUUAGGGUAUUUUUAUCGAUCGUUUGCGGAUCGAGGAUCGAUUUAGAGUGUCGAGAUAGCAAUUAAGUCGAUGUUGUUGGAAUAUAGUCGAUAAGUAUAUAGUUAAGUAUGUUAUCGGUUUGCUAAGGAUAUACAGUAGCUAUUUGUUGUACAUCGUUGUUACUUGUCGUUAUACAUCUACGUAUUAAUCGAUUAGGUGAAAGUAGAGUGAGAGUCAAAAGUGAGUAUACACCAAAAGAGAAAAGAAAAAGUUUCGUAUAAUAGUGAUUUAUUUAUAUAUUUACCUUUCGUCCGAUGAACGAAAGAUUGCAAGUACUCGUGCUCUCUGUUACAUAGAUCGUUUGUUAAUGGAAAAUUAAUCGAGUCAAGAAUUGUUCUUGAACAGGCGAUGAUACAUAUUUUUUAUUUAUAAAAUGACAGUAAACAAUAGCAUAACGUAGACCUUUCGCAGAGCUUAGACCGUAAUACAUUGAUUUGGAGCUACUCUACGGUACGAGCAGUGAUUUUGUGCGUGUACGUGUAAAUAUUAUUUUAUAGUCAAGUCUUGUAAAUAUCGAAAAGCGCUUCUAAUAGACUAUUUAUUUAAAAGUUACACAGAACUCCGUUCAUUAACACAAAUAUAACG